CUCGCUCAACCUUUUCCGCGACUCCAGGUCCCAGGUCGGGCGACACUCCGACGGAUCCCCCACCCCCCCCCACCCCCCUCCUCCCGCGCCACCUGGAAGCGAAGAUGCGCGCGGUCGGGGCCGUGGGAGUCGCCGCGCUGUGCGCGCUGCUGGCCGCGGCGGUGCGCGGCGGCGCGUCUGUUGAGCUGGCGACGCUGGUGGAGGAGCAGCUCAAGCCCGAGUCCUCGCUGCUGAAGCCAAAGGUCAUGAUCGCCAUCGUGGCUCGCAACGCGGCGCACAGCCUGCCGCAUCACCUGGGCUGCAUCGAGCGGCUGGAGUACCCGAAGGAGCGCAUAGCGAUCUGGGCAGCGACGGACCACAACGUGGACAACACCACCGCUAUGCUGAGGGAGUGGCUGAAGAGAGCCCAGAGCGUGUACCACUACGUGGAGUGGAGACCCAUGGAGGAGCCCAAGUCCUACACGGAUGAGUGGGGGCCGAAGCACUGGCCCCCUUCCAGGUUCAACCAUGUGUUGAAGCUGAGACAGGCGGCGCUGAAGGCUGCCCGCGAGCGAUGGGCCGACUACAUACUGUUCGUGGACAGUGACAACCUGUUGACCAACCCCCGCGUGCUGAACCUGCUCAUGGCCGAAAACCUGACCUUGGCCGCUCCGAUGUUGGAGUCUCGCUCGCUGUACUCCAACUACUGGUGCGGCGUCACCCCACAGGGCUACUACAAGCGGACCCCGGACUACCAGCCCAUCCGGGAGUGGAAGCGCCUGGGCUGUUACGCCGUCCCCAUGGUGCACAGCACCUUCCUGAUAGACCUGCGGCGCGCCGCCAGCAGGGACCUGGCCUUCUACCCUCCUCACCCGGACUACAGCUGGGCAUUCGACGACAUCAUGGUGUUUGCCUUCUCGGCUCGUCAAGCGGGUGUCCAGAUGUACGUGUGCAACAGGGAACAUUACGGCCUCCUGCCUGUUCCUCUCAAAGCACAGCAGAGUGUGGAAGAAGAAAGCGAGAGUUUCAUACACACCAUCACGGAGGCUUUAAUUGACCACGACAUCGAGCCCUCCGAGCACCUGUACUCCCCGCCAUCGCCGCAGAGCACCAUGGGCUUCGACGCGAUUUUCCUGAUUAACCUGAAGCGGCGCCUGGACAGAAGAACCAGGAUGCUGAAGACGAUGUCUUCACUGGGUCUCCACCCCACGCUGACGGAGGCGGUGGACGGAAAAGCCCUCAAUUCAUCCCAGCUCCAGGCUUUAGGGAUAGAGAUGUUGCCGGGCUACAAGGACCCUUACUCGGGCCGAGUGCUGACCAGAGGGGAGAUCGGCUGCUUCCUCAGCCAUUACUCCAUAUGGAAGCAGGUGUUGGAGCGCGGCCUCGAGAGGGUUCUCCUUUUAGAGGACGACGUGCGGUUUGAACCCAGGUUCAAACGCCGCCUGCAGGCCAUUAUUGAUGACAUAGACAAAACCCAGCUGGACUGGGACCUGAUCUACGUGGGGCGGAAGCGCAUGCAGGUGCAGCAGCCGGAGCAGUCCGUGGACGGCGUCAACAACCUGGUGAAGGCCGACUACUCCUACUGGACGCUCGGCUACGCGCUGUCGCAGCAGGGAGCCAGGAAGCUGCUGGCUGCCAAACCCUUAUCGAGGAUGCUGCCCGUCGACGAGUUCCUCCCCAUCAUGUUCAACAAACACCCAAACACCCAGUUCAUGUCUCACUUUCAGCCGCGGGACCUGAAGGCCUUCUCCGUGGAGCCGCUGCUCAUCUACCCCACCCACUACACCGGAGAGCCGGGCUACUUCAGCGACACGGAGACCUCCACCAUCUGGGACGACGAAGCCGUGGCGACGGACUGGGACCGCCAGCAGGCCCGAAAGACGGCGCAGCAGGGCAGCAUCCACGCCGUGGCACAGAACAGCGUCGGCGGGGACUCGCCGCCCCCGGCGGCUCGAGCCUCGCGGGACGAACUCUGAUGACACUCGGAGGAAGACAGCGAGGGGGAGAGAGAGAGAGAGACUCGUACUUGGGGAAAAGACACUUGAACCACAAGAGGACAUUCUGUACAUUAAUUGACAUAUAUAUAUACACACACAUGGAUAAAGCCAGAGUGAAGAUGUUAGUCCACUCUGCUGCCUGAUGAAGGGACACUGAGGAGAGGAAGAAGACGAGGAACUGGGAAGAGAGCCAGCCGGCCUUUGACAAAAGCUUUAUUUAUUCCCCAUGUCCGUCCUCUGGGCAUGUGGAGACGGUCACAGCCCGCAAAGAAACUUCAGCAACACACAAGACUGCUGACAAUUUGAAAGACUUGAAAGCAAACAAUAAUAAUUUCCACAAAUGAAUGGUAACGUUGUUCAGGAUAAUUAUUGUUAUUUAAAAAAAACGAAAAUUUGUUUGUGUUUUUAUGGGCAGCAAACAAAUAAAGAAAGCUUAAGUCUUAAAACUCC